CCAAGCUACAAGGGAGAAAGUGGCACCUAACCUGGCAACCGGCACCUUCAGCACACCACUUGAAAGCGUAGCCCAGUUACCACGAGUGCUGUAACACUGACGGCGAAUGCUCAUCGGCUCUCAGCUCAACACGAUCGCAGCAAUGGAUCAGACAGAGACGUGGAUCGAGCAAUGCCUGAGCGAGGCGGAGGUGAAAGACACACAACUGGACGAGAAGGAAAACUGUGAAUACGAAGAUUUGGAUCGCCCUAAACCCGGCGCUCGAAAAGCCAGCAAACCCCACUCCACUCCGUUGACUUUGCAAUGGUUGGAAGAAAACUACGAGAUCGCCGAAGGUGUAUGCAUACCACGGAGUGCCUUGUAUAUGCACUACCUGGAUUAUUGUGAAAAACACGACACUCAACCCGUGAACGCCGCAAGUUUUGGAAAGAUAAUACGACAGCAGUUUCCACAGCUGACCACCAGAAGACUUGGAACAAGAGGGCAAUCCAAGUACCAUUAUUAUGGGAUCGCAGUCAAAGAAGCUUCACAGUACUUUGAUGUUAUGUACUCAAAGCAAGGAGUACAGGGGACACCAGGUGAUGUCACUAAGAAAGACCCUGCAAGACAGACAGUGGCAUAUUCACCUCGCUCGAAAUUGGGGACUCUACUUCCUGAAUUCCCUAGUGUCAAAGAUAUCAAAUUGCCUGCGAGUGUACAAGAAGAUAAGGUUUCUACGUUUAUUAUGAUGUACAGAACUCAUUGCCAGAGAAUAUUGGACACAGUGAUUCGUGCCAACUUUGAUGAGGUUCAAAGCUAUUUGCUACACUUUUGGCAAGGAAUGCCCCCACACAUGUUACCUAUCCUGGGCUCCACACCUGUAAUUAACAUUGUUGGAGUGUGUGACUCAAUCCUUUAUAAGGCCAUAUCUGGAGUGUUGAUGCCCAGCGUACUACAAGCUUUACCUGACAGUCUGACACAGGUCAUUCGAAAAUUUGCCAAGCAGUUAGAUGAAUGGCUUCGUGUUGCCCUUGACGACUUGCCAGAAGCCUUACAAAACAUUAAAUUUGAUCAUACUGGUGACGAUAUCAUUUUACCGAACCCCAUAUUCACGCCAGUGUCUAUUUCAACUGGAGAUAAUAGUUUAAGAAACAACGCUUCAGCUUUAUCAGCAACAUCCCCAACAGACUCCAAUGCAUCAUACCAGAGUCCUCAUUCAUAUAACCCCCUGGCAUCAACAACCCCUAGUUCCCAUGACAACAUGUCUUCAUCCCGAUCUACCUCAUCAGCAGGCCAUCUCAACAUGACUAAUAACCACAUGGUCUCCCUGUAUUCAACACCAGCCGAGGAGGUUAAUCCAUCUGUUGGUUUCCAUUAUCCGAGUGGUUAUCCGAGCCAUGGCAUGAGUAAUCAGUAUUCCCAAUCUCCACAUGACAGUAAUGCAUACAGAUAUGGACAUUACUCAUCGUCUGUCACUCAGUACUCAUUCAACGGUCGUGUUAACAAUAUGGACCAGGGUAUUAUUGGAAGCACACCAACUGCAGUGAACGGAUGGUCAGGCGACAGCAGCAGGGGAAUCAUCACUGCCGAAGAUCUAGAAAUGUACGCAACGAAAUUGAAAACCCCACUAAAGCUGACAAUGGGUGACCUUGCAUUAUACUCUCCCUCCCCACCCGCGGGUGGCGCUGUUCUUUCCUUCAUUAUAAAUAUCUUGCAAGGAUAUAAUUUCACCAGAGAGAGUCUCAUAGACGUACCAAAUGCUGUUACCACGUAUCACCGAAUCACAGAGGCAUUCAAACAUGCGUUUGCUCACAGAACAGAACUUGGCGACGAAGACUUCGUUGAGACUGUCGAUGAGGUUGUAGACGACAUGAUGUCUAAGGAUUAUGCUGCUAAAAUUCGAGAAAUGAUACAUGACAAUACAACACAUGGAAUUGGCUACUAUGGCGCAAUAUUGUCAAUUGGUGAAGAUCAUGGGACGUCACAUCUGUCCGUGGUAGACCAGUAUGGAAACUCCGUGUCCGUCACGAGUACGAUUAACACUCUAUUUGGUUCAACCGUCGUCGGGUCUAGGACAGGAAUCAUUUUUAACAAUGAGAUGGAUGACUUCUCAUCACCAAACAUAACGAAUUUCUUUGGGCUACCUCCCUCGCCGGCCAAUUUCAUUGAACCAGGUAAACGCCCUCUAUCGUCGAUGAAUCCGUCUAUUGAUAAAAAUGGUAAUGUGGUUCUGUCAAUUGGAGGGUCUGGAGGUACGAAAAUACCCACUUCCGUGUCGCAGUCUGCAAUGAACCUGUUAUGGUUUGGAGAGAAUUUGGGUGAUUCAAUAAGCAAACUCCGAAUUCAUCACCAACUGAGUCCAAAUGAACUACUUUAUGAAGAGAACUUCCCUGCUGCGAUUAUUGAGGGACUUAAAGAAAAGAAUCACAAUACAUCAUCGGACUAUGGGACAAAUUCCGCGGUGCAAGCUAUAUACAGUCUCGACGAACAACUCCACGCAUGCUCAGAUGCGAGAAAGGGUGGAAUUCCAGCUGGAUUUUAAUUAACUUUGCAAGUCUCACCUCGUGCCAACCAGAGCGAGUUCAAGUAGGCUCGACGUGAUUAAUAUAUUUAACCAUCAACUCAUACAACAAAUCGUUACAUUUUAUCUCAGG